UCAGAGCGCGUCAGGAGUGCCGCGCAGACACCAUGCCGCUUGGAGACCGUCCGUCGGCCGCUUCGCUCCUGCUGCUGUUGCAGACGCUGAGCGGCGCGGGCGGCCUGUUCUUCAGCCCCGGUCCCAAGUACCAGGACCCACUCCGGCAGCGGCUGGACUGCCCGGCCGGGUUCAGCCGGCCGGGUCGCCCGCCGUCCAGCGUACACCGGCUGCGGCCAGGCGACGUGAAGGUGAUCGGCGCACUCGGGGACAGCCUGACGGCCGGCAACGGCGCCUACUCCACGCAGAUACUGGACGUGCGCACCAACUACCGUGGCGCCUCGUGGAGCGCAGGCGGGCGCGGCCACUAUUCGCGAAUCUUCACGCUGCCGAACGUGGUGAAGCACUUCUCGCCGGGCCUGGUGGGCUUCUCGACGGGUUCCGGCGGCCCCAUGUCACCCGGCGCCCAGUUCAACGUGGCCAAGGCGGGCUCGCUGCACCGUGGCAUGCCCGGCCAGGCGUGGCGGCUUGUCAAUCGGAUCCGACGGGACCGACGCGUCGACUUCCACAACGACUGGAAGCUGAUAACCAUCAUGAUUGGGGGCAACAACCUGUGCAGCCACGUGUGUAAGCGCAAGAACUACUGGCCGAACUCUCCGCGCGGCCACGCCGCCUCGCUGCGGCAGGCGCUGGACAUCCUGCACCAGCACCUGCCGCGGACCUUCGUCAACCUGGUGCCGGUGGUCGACGUUACAGUGCUGUUGGACGUCAAGGGGAAGAACCUGCCGUGUCAGUUGGCCGACAACUUCCUCUGCCCCUGUCUAUUCGGCAAGAAGCGGCUCAACAGGAGGCAGAUGCGGAGGAAAGUCACCGGCUACCAGAACGCGGCUAUUGGCCUGGUGGAGUCCGGCCGGUACGACACCAGGGAUGACUUUACAGUGGUGAUCCAGCCGUUCAACAUAGAGUCGAAGCUGCCGAUGGUGCCGAGCCGGUACGGCAUGCGGGCCGACCCCACCUUCAUGUCGGCCGACUGCUUCCACCUGAGCCAGCGUGGACACUCGCUCAUGGCGCAGGCGCUGUGGAACAACAUGCUGGAGCCGGUGGGCCACAAAUCAUGGGACUGGCGCAUCAUGGAGGGCGGCCUGCGCUGUCCGUCCGAGUCCAAUCCGUUUUUCACCACCUACAAGAACCCCAGCGGAAGCCUGCGGUGACCAGACGCGUCCGCUAGGGGGACCGUGUAGGACGUGGUGAUCGACUCCCGGUCCUACCCUGGAUCGGGGCCGGCUGGUGAUCUACGUGUGCCUUUCAUCCCGACGUCCGAGGGACCGCCCCGCAUUGCAGCGCCCGCCGCGGCAGGAUUGGCGCCAGCGUCGCCGCGGCAGGAGUGCGGUGUAGAUGGCGUCACCGCGGCGCGUGCCAGGUGGCGCUACGCUUUCUGACUCCGCUAGGCCGACUAUUCUGCGAGACAACGUCAGUACAAAUGCAUAGUUGUGAAGAUCGGUCCCGGAACGUGCAACAGUGUGCUCAAGUGGCUUCGGCAAAACGGGUAGCUGCCGCACUCAUCUGAAAUAACUUAUUGCAUCGUCAUCAGGGAUUUGUAAUUUCUGCGCGUAGGAAUGCACAAUGCCUAGAAGCAUCCGACAUCAUAUUAGAACCGUACUUUUCUCAUGAACAUCGGGACGGUACUGUCAUGGUGAGCGAAGCUUCCUACGCGAGCAUCACAUUAAAUUCGGCAUUUUGAUUGCUAUCCGGGCUGCCAGUUUGUAAGCGCGGCCGCAAUGCCAAAUGCGUUCAAAACCCACACUUCGUUGAAAGUGCGUGUAAAAUCAUGUAUACAUGAGCUGACAACUAAACUGUAGUCUUAAAAACUGCAGUAUGCCGCUCAGACUCUUGCAAUAUGUAAGCACGAUCUGUCGGACAUUUGAACCUGUUCGGACGUUUGUUAUCAUGUAUAUCUGGACGAGCUUUUCACCGCUAUAGUUUUGUCCAGUGCUGGCGCGCACGACGGCGGCCGGGGUUCCGACUGCUCAAACUAGCGUGAUUCAGCCGGGAGCAGGUUAGGGCAUACGCUGUGAGUUUGAUGCAACGUUUUCGUGGAGGAUUCAGUGUGCUCUAUGGCUGAUGUGCGUCAGCCAAUGUCGUACAACUUGUUAGCUUAAGAACAGCCUUGCAAUACUGGUAAACAGCAUCCCUUCCUGUGGGAUACCCGAAGAAUAACUAUUUCAAAGGAAGCUGUGAUGCAGCAGAAAGCAGGAAAUGGAGGAUAUACAGAAGACUUACGAAGCUCCACACGGCUGAGUUGACUUAACGUGUAAGUAAUGUAGCAGUAAAACUUAGCGGCUGAGACUGACAUAGUUUAUGACUUAGCAAGCAUAGUAAAGAAUGCGCCACCAAUCGUUUCGAUGCGUGUUUUUGUGGCGUGGAAUGCCCAGCCAAUGGGACUGAUACCGAUGGCCAGGUGUCGCGCAGUGGGGCGAGACGCCAGCCUGCUGGGCACUGGCAGUGGCACGGCACGUGCUCGGGCUCCUGGUGUUCCAGGCACGGCCGCUUGGACACGGUGCAGUGUUUACUAGUGAAUCUGGAAACCGUGAAAUAUGUACAGCGUACUGACUUGCUGUUACAAUGUGUGGUCUGUGUAGUGGCUGUGUCGACCGUCUAUUCGUGUAUCUUACGCGCAUCACUUGGAUAAACAAGCUGUGCUGAAGGGAGCGAGCGCCUCUAUACAUUCCCUGAACCGUUCUUCCACUCUCACAGAUAGGAGGAUCUAGACGGACUGAAGCUACCAAACAGGAACAACUGUUUCCUCCUGCUAUCCUGCUUGUAGCCUAGGCACGUGUGUCCAUCCCCGUGCGCCCCACGCAUCGUGUAAUGUCAAAUCACAUUGAACAAUUGGUUAUGCGGAUGUAACCCUGCUGCCAUUCUCAUUCAGAUUUUGCCCACUUUGUCGCGCUCAAGGACCGAUAAAAGACAAUUAUAAACACUGUUGUGAAAUAAUGAAGCCGCACU